AUGAAAUUUUUUAACAAAUUAAAACAUUAUUCUUCAUGUUCAAAACCAAACAUCAUCUUCCAGAUCAGGAAAAAAAUAACAAACGAACUUCAUCAUCUUCUCAUCUUCUUCUCCAUUCUCUCUUUCUCUUCUUGUUCUUCAUUUCUCUCUAAUUGUUUCUUCUUUCCGCGGUUAAUCCCUUUCCCUAAGCACCUUCACCCGCACCGCCACCUCCACCUCUGGGUUCACAGCGCCGCCGUCCCAUGAAUCUCCACUCCGCGAAGCGCUGCGCCAUCACACCUUCGUUGAGCCUCUAGAUCUCCAGAAUCUGGGAGGCUUGGGUCGGUUCGGUUCAGACGCAGGACUGGGUUUUGUGGUCGAGGCUUGCAGGGGUGGCCGAGUCUCCAGAUCUCCAGAACCCUCUUGCUAGGUUUAGGGCCUGUACUCGUGCGUGGUGUUAAUUGAAUCGGUUCUUCUUCUUCCCUUGCAAGUGGCGCGAUUACAAUGGCAGUUUGGGUUGGUUGGUUGAGAGAGAAGAUAAGGAAUGAAAGCAAUUGAGAUCUGGGUUCUUCUGUCCUUAAUCUUUGAUUUGCUCUCUUUGCCUUUGAUCUCAAUCCUUUGUUGUUGGGUCAGAAUGCUUGGCUGAUGUUCUGUGUUCAUGGAUCCGUUUGUCGUUGCAUGGUUUCCUUCCCCUGUUCCUCUUUCCUGUUGUUCUGCUGCUUUUGAAUAUCCUUGGUGCUUUCCUUCCCUUGAUUCUUUAUUGAGUGCUAGUCUGUAUAAUUUGUGAAAUGUUGAAAGAUCUGAAUUUUUUAUCUGGGUUUAUUUUGGGAUUCUAGUGAAGAUGAAGAUGAAGAAAUCUGGGGUUAGAUGAAGAAAUCUGGGUUGGUUUAAUUUUUUACUAGAAAUGUAUGAAGAUGUAAAGAUGAAUGAUGAAGAUGAAGAUGUAAAGAGGUUAGGGUCACGUGAGGGCAUGUGAGCUUCUUAAAAAACCGGUUCUCUCUCCUAGUCUUAAUGCCACAUCAGAAGAAAAAAAAUGCCAGGUCAAACAAAAACGUUAAGUUUCUAACGGAAAUGAGGUGGGGGACCAAAACUGCUAACGGAGAUUAACGUCGAGUAAACAUUAUGGACAAGGAAUGGAUGAAACUAGCAAGAUACAGCACAGAGUACAUUAACGAUGUUGAAUCGUUCCUAAACUAUGCAUACACUAAAGGGAAACCGCAAGGAGUGGAAAUUCUGUGCCCUUGUGCUAAAUGUCACAAUGUUUUUUGGAGGACAAGGAAAGUAGUAGCUGAUCAUUUAAUAGGAUACGGAUUUGAAAAAGGAUAUGAUGGUUGGGUUCGUCAUGGUGAGGAGCUAAUAAAUUCAUGUGAUGUUGAUUGUGAUAUGGAUGAUGAUGAUGAUGAGGAUGCGAUUGAUGAUAUUGAUGGACUAUUGCAUGAUAGAUUUGUUGAUGUGACACGAGGAGACUCUGGAGUUAGUGAAGGCCCCAAUGAAGUUGCUAAUAAGUUCUAUAAUCUUAUUGAAGAGUCUAAGCAAGAGUUGUACUCGGGUUGUGAAAACUUUUCUAAGUUGUCGUUCACCAUUCGACUAUAUUUGUUGAAGUGUCUUUAUGGUUGGAGUAAUGCAUCAUUCGAUGCUCUCUUAGAGCUACUGAAAGAAGCUAUGCCUCAUCUGAAUAUUUUUGAUUCAUUCAAUAAAACUAAAGGCGUAAUAAGGGGCUUGGGGCUUGAUUAUAAAAAGAUUGAUGCUUGUCCCAAUGACUGCAUGCUUUACUGGAAGGAUCAUGAGAAUGACACCUCUUGUUAUGUUUGAGGUGCUUCACGGUGGGUUGAAAAAGCUGAUGGAGAUAACCAGCAUGAGGAGAAUAUCAAAGCUCACAAAGUUUCUGCUAAAAUUCUGAGACACUUCCCCUUGAUUCCUAGACUUCAAAGGUUAUUCAUGUGCUCGAAGACAGCUAGCUCAACAAGGUGGCACGAAGAAGAGCGUUCAAAAGAUGGGAAGUUAAGGCAUCCUGUAGAUGGAGAGGCAUGGAAAUUCUUUGAUAAAUGUCAUCGUGACUUCGCUGAUGAUUCACGUAACACAAGGCUUGGUUUGGCUAGUGAUGGAUUUAAUCCUUUUAGAUCCAUGAGUUUAUCUCAUAGUACUUGGCCUGUGAUACUGAUACCAUAUAAUUUUCCCCCGUGGUGGUGCAUGAAAGCUGAAUAUUCUAUUCUAUCUUUGUUAAUCCCUGGACCACAAUCACCUGGGAAAAACAUUGAUGUGUUCCUCCAACCAUUAAUUGAAGAGUUGAAGAUAUUGUGGGAUUCUGGAGUAGAAACAUAUGACUCUUCACUAAAUCAAACAUUCCAAAUGCGAGCAGCUCUGUUAUGGACUAUUAAUGACUUUCCUGCGUAUGCUAUGUUGAGUGGGUGGAGUACAAAAGGAAAAUUAGCUUGUCCUUGUUGCCAUUAUAACACGAAUUCUACUUAUUUGAGGUAUAGUCGAAAGAUGUGUUAUAUGGAUCACCGUAUUUUUUUGCCAACGGAUCAUGAAUAUAGAUCAAAUAUUAGAGCUUUUAAUGGGAAAGAAGAAUAUAGAACUGCACCAGAUUUGUUAAAAGGAGAGGAUGUCUUAGAUUUGUUAGAGAACUUCACUAAUAUAUUUGGAAAGACGCAAAAGAAAGUUACUAAUGGUCCAUGGAGGAAAAAAUCCAUAUUUUUUGAGUUGCCAUAUUGGAAGGAUAAUCUUUUACGCCAUAACUUGGACGUCAUGCACAUAGAGAAAAACUUAUUUGGUAACAUCAUUGGGACUUUGUUGGAUAUUCCAGGGAAGACUAAGGAUCAUAAAAAAGCUCGUUUUGACUUACAAGACAUGGGCAUUAGAAAGACACUCCAUCCCAAAGUAACCGAUGAUGGUAGAAAUAUAAUGUUCUCAAAAGCAUGUUUCUCCAUGACUUCAGAAGAGAAAAGCAUAUUCUGUGGUGUUUUGAAGAAUGCAAAGGUGCCGGAUGGUUGCGCGUCUAACAUUUCAAGAUGUGUUGAUCUUGCUGAGAAAAAAAUUUCUGGCUACAAGAGUCAUGAUGCCAAUUUUAUGCUACAUUACUUGCUUCAAGUAGCAGUGAGAAGUACAUUGCCUAACCAGGUUGCCCACCCUUUAAUUCGUCUAGGUUCAUUUUUUCGAUGUUUAUUCCAGAAAGUUAUUGAGGUGAGCGAUUUGAAUAUCAUGAAAUCAGAGAUUGCAAAAACACUUUGCCAAUUGGAGACAAUUUUCCCUCCUAGUUUCUUUGAUAUAAUGGUUCAUUUGCCUAUACAUCUUUUUGAUGAGGUCAGAUUGGGAGGGCCAGUGCAAUUUCGAUGGAUGUACUUUCCAGAAAGGUACUUGUGUAAAUUGAAGGGAUAUGUUCGUAACAAAAGUCGUCCAGAAGGUUCUAUUGCUGAGGCGCACUUGGUUGAAGAAUGUCUAACAUUGUGCUCAAGAUAUUUACAUGGUGGUGUAGAGACAAGGCUUAAUAGAAUGAGAAGGAACGGUGAUAGAUCUCAUCCAAGCCUUGGUCAUCCAAUUGGAGGAAAGAAAAAGGGUGAAGUAAUUUCACUGAACUACAAGUCAAAAAAUCAGGCCCAUCGUUAUAUCUUGUUCAAUCACGAUGAAGUUCAAAAUUUCAUUAGGGAGCAUGAAAAUGAAAUUGCAAGUGGUAAUAAAAGAAAGAGGUGGAGUAAAGCAAAGAGCCAAGGACAAGAUUUCAUUGAAUGGUUCAAAACCCGAGCUUUAAUGGAUGAUGUACCUGGCCACCUUAAGGAUCUUUCUAGAGGGCCAAAUAUAAUUGCAAGACGCUUUUCUGGCUACGUGAUUAAUGGUUACCGUUUAAAUUCAAAAAAACGAGAAGAAACACAUAAAACUCAAAAUAGUGGUGUGACGGUGGUGUCCCUAACCGAAAGCUUUGCAAGCACCAAGGAUCAGAAUCCGACAACAAAACCAAUAACAUACUAUGGGUCAAUUACUGAAAUAAUCGAGCUAGACUACUAUGGUAGUUUUAAGUUUGUGUUAUUUAGAUGUGAUUGGUAUCAAGUUGAAGAAGAUAAAUACGGAUUGACUUGUGUUUAUUUCAAUAGGAGAUGUUAUGUGGAUGAGCCUUUUGUGUUGCCUACUCAAGUCCGACAAUGCUUUUAUAUUGAAGAUCCUUUUGAUUCAAAUAGGAAUUAUGUUAUGAAGACCAUACCAAGGGAUCUUUUUAAUAUGGUUGAUGAAUUAGAUUCAGAUGCCUUGGAAUCAUGUCAAAGUGAGCCAUUAGAUCAUGCAGUGAACCUUGCAACAGUUGAUUCUGAUUGCGAAGUUGAGUUGGUUAGGGAUGAUAUGCCUCCAACAAUUACUGAAAAUCCGUUGCUUGAGUUAGAAGACUUUGAUUUUGACAUUCAAUCUGAAGAUUCUGAUUUUGAUGACACUUUGUUGGACUACAUGGAUUGAUGUAUCUUUGUCAAUUUUUCCCCUUUGUACAAUGUUAGUUUGAAGCUGUGAUUACUUUACAUUUGGUUGUGAAUCUAAUGCAAAAUUUGACCAACAAAAAAUACAGCAGCAGAGGCAGCAACCGGUGAACUCUUCGAAAUCUAACCAAGAGGAUCAUUCUGAUGAACAA